AUGUCAGAUAAAGAAACGUUUGUGGAUUUAUACCGCUUUUUGGGGGUUGUGGAGAAGGGUCCUGGGAAUAAGUUGAACGUGCCUCCGCCAAUGGUAGACUGGGAGAGGAUUUCCACCUGGCUAUACGGUGAUUUGACCAAGGCCGACCGAGCGUCAAAGCCGGCAUUAUUCGCAGGACCCCAGUUCCGAGUCGUUGAUACAAAACAUGGUUGUGUGACGGAAGCUCCGUCGCCGUGCGAAUAUGCCACCCUGAGCUAUGUAUGGGGAGAACCCAGAGAGGGAGAGCUUAUGGCCUCCACAAACAACAUUGAAGCCCUGAGAGAGAAAGGCUGUCUGUUUGAAAAGUUUCAGCAGCAAAUCCCACGGACCAUACGUGAUGUUAUGACUGCAUGCAUCAGGCUCGGCAUACGGUAUCUGUGGGUUGAUCGCUUGUGCAUUUUACAAGAUCCUGGCGCCGCAAACGAGGCAUUACAGCAAAUCAACAAAAUGGAUAAAAUUUAUGGUCAGUCCGUUGUCACACUUGUUGCUAUAUCUGCCACCAAUGCUCAUGAUGCACUUCCCGGGGUAUCUGAGAAAAGGUGCCAGGCCAAUGGAUUCAUUGCAUCCCAGGGAAUCCACUUUAUCGCGCAAAUGCCAAGCUUUGAUGAAGUCCUUACAGCUUCCAAAUGGGCGACUAGGGGGUGGACUUUACAAGAAGCAUACCUUUCUCGAAGGAUGAUACACUUCUCGGAUUCUUGGGUUUUCAUGGAAGGUUAUCAAGAGAAAGCCAUCCAAUGUGAAGACCCUACCAUCUUCCGUGACCAAACUCUACUCACCAAGAAUUUUGCUUCGCAUUCUUAUUGGAAACUUGUCAACGCUUACUCGAGGCGAACCCUAUCCAUUGAGUCUGAUAUCCUUCGCGCGUUCUCUGGAAUCCUCCAUGCCAUUCAUGGGGAAGACCAUUAUUUCUUCCUGCCAUUGUCUGGAUUCACCAAAUCUCUUCUAUGGAUGACACAGAGCGAAGACCAACGAGAGAGAACCUUGCCAGGAGACUCGGUCCUUCCAUCAUGGUCAUGGAUUAGUCGAAUGGGUGUCAUUGAAUUUGAACACCUCGGGCUAUUCAUCCCACUUGCGGUAUGGGCAAUCUCUCCCCGUGGCCGAAACGAUGAGAAACUACAUAUCAUAAAUUUAGACAACCCGAUCACAAAUAAGUCUUGCGGUUCAUGGGACGACCAGAGAAUGCCUCACAUCAGGGCCUAUGGCUUGGGCAUCAUCACAGCCUGGAAAAAGGACUGCUUUCCAGCGUCACUACCCGCUGUCUUCGGUCUAGAUAAUACCUGGAAUCACUACAUCGAGAUCAUGAUCUCCACGUGGGAGUCAUUGAAUAUGUUAUUCCAUGAGGCACAUGACACGUCAAACGAAGAUCUCGAGGACAUCCGUCAAAGCUUCCCUAUACGCUUGAUCCAUCAAGCAUGUCUUAGACCGGGGAGAAUCCUGGUGAAUACGCAGUCACUACGCCUGCAACCGGUGCCGUGUCCUGAGGGCAGAGGUGUGAGGGCCGUGUCAUUAGAGCUUUGCAAUGACGAUGGUCGUAUUAUUGCCUGGUGUACGAAACGUGCGGUGGACGAGGAAAGGCUUCACAGGAAUGCCUCUGACGGUAACAUGCACUAUGAUGUGCUCAGUCUGUCACUCGGUUUGGAAGAUGUUUAUACCAAAGAUAAGCUGGGUGACUAUGAAAGCGGGCGCGCAUUUGGACUGAACAACGUCCUUGCACAAGAUUCCGCAGGAGUCGCACUUCGAGUGUUUGAGACUCGAACCUGUUUAGCGAUCGCCUUCAAGAUCCAGCUUAUGGUACUCGAGACACGAAAUGGAAUUAGCAGACGCGUUGGACUUGCCGAAGCAUAUCUGGAGGUGUGGGCAGAUGCAGGUCCGAAAUUUGGUACAUUCAUUAUCGAGUGA